AUGGAUUCGUGUCAGAUGCCCGCCCACCAGGACCCCGGAUCCCACGAGGGCAAGGACUCGAGAGAGAAAGAUAGAAGGACGAGGUGGCGAUUGGCUAAGCCGACCUAGAGCUUCCGAUGAUAACCUCUUGGUCGCGGAUUAUGAUUCCUAUUGGGGAACCGAGCCAACGGUAAUGUCUUAUCAACAAAUGGACCCUGAUAUAUAGGUAGCUCGCCUCAUUCCUGCUUGACCGAAGUUGUCUAUCCCUUUCUCUCCCUUUCACCUCCAAGGCUUUUCGUUGGGUCAGGCUAUAUAUUCUCUUGGUCGCCCACACCCUGUACCUUUGGGUUGUGCUUACCUCACGUUCGCGGUAUUCAUUCAUUUUGAACCGCCAUAUAGCCACAAUUUAGCAGUUCCUUGCUUUAUUGCUGCCGAGACAACCGGCCCUAUUCUUCCACCAAGACAUCCCGAAAUGUCCAGCCCAACACCCGUCGGGGCUGCCCCGGAGCGGCCGUCCGAAAAGACCGUCGCAAUGGAGAACGAUGCCGCGAGGCAGGACUCGUACAGCUCGGGCUCGCCGACGCAAGAAAAUUCUGGAUUCGUGGAGGAGACGCAGAAGCGCCCGUGGCACCGCAGGCUGGUCGAUUCCGCCAAGACUCCCGGCUCGGCCGUCCAGAUCGUCAUUGCCGCAGUGGCGGCCAUCGCCAUCGGCAUGAUUGUCACCACUCAGGUUGACUCGGUUCCUAAGGCUGUGGUGCCAGUCCUCAGCAUUCCCGGUGACCUCUGGUUGCGUGCGCUCAAGGCUGUGGUUCUGCCACUGAUCAUGACAGCAAUGAUUCUCGCCAUGGUCAGGCUGAAGGCUAUGACUGGUGGUGGUGCGACGCUCGCCAAGUGGACCGUUGGAUACUACGUCGUCACAACUUUGAUCGCCAUUGUUCACACCUGCAUCCUGGUCAGCCUUGGCUGGCGCAGGCUGAUGGUUGAGGUGCGGGGCGAUGCUUUGGCUAUGGACGAGGAGCAACAGGCGCUUGCCGAUGAGCGCAGCGAGCAUGAGCCUCACACCGUGGUCGUGACCCUGUUCCGAUCAUUUGUCACUGACAACAUCUUCAGAUCUCUUGCCGAGACUGAGCUUCUCGCCAUCUUGAUCGUCUCGUGCAUUAUUGGAUACCUCAUCGACCCCCGUGGCAAGAUCAUCGCUGCCGUCGAAGAGGUGGAGAAGAUUGUAACCAGAGUUAUCACCUUCCUCAUCAAGAUCGCACCCAUUGGUGUAUUCUUCUUGAUUCUGCCCAACUUGCUCCGGCUCAACAUUGCAGACAUUGGUCAGAAUCUGGGAGUUUUGAUCGGCGCUUCGCUCGCGGGCAUGGCGCUGCACCUCUUCGUUAUCAUCCCCAUCAUCUUCAUCAUCAUCGUCCGCGAGAACCCUUGGGCGAUGUGGGCCAAGUGUUCGCCUGCUUGGUUGACAGCCUGGGGUACGGCUUCGUCGGCUGCCACGCUUCCUGUCACCAUUCGUGAGGCCAUGGCUCGCGGCAUCCCCCCUACAGUCACCAAGUUCUCGAUCCCACUCGGUUGCUUGAUCAACAUGGACGGAACCGCCAUUUACUUCCCUAUUUGCGUCGUCUUCUUGGCCCAAACGCAGGGCAUCGAGCUGAACCCGACGCAGUACGUUAUCAUUGUGCUGCUCGCCACGAUGGCUUCGAUCGGCACCACGCCCAUCCCGUCGUCUUCGCUGGUCCUCACCGUCAUGAUUGCCAACUCGGUCCAGGUUCCCAUCACUGGCAUGUACGCCGUCAUUGUUGCCAUCGACUGGUUCAUCGACCGCUUCCGUACCGCCGUCAACGUUUCUUGCGAUAUCUACGCCGCCAAGAUCGUGCUCAAGAUCACUGGCAUCACGGGCGAAGAGAUGGACAAGGAGUCCAACUCUGAGGAGGAGUUGACGCAGGAGCACUACACCCCCGCUCCUCAGGUGGACAACACCCACCGUGUCUGAGGCUUCUUAAAUGUCUUGCGUUCCAUCUUGUAUAGUGUAAUGAGUUGUCAUGUCAAAAGGGGCCGGUCAUGGUGGGGCUUUCUUUUUGGUAUUUUGGUGGGAAUGUUCAAGUUUGGUUGGGGGUCCUGCUAUCCUUCCAGGUCGAUCGAGCUCGAUUGCGAAUUCGCUUGGUGGGGGAGUAGUAUUAUCCAACGUUCUUCCGCUCUACCAGACCACUCGCUAGUCUCAACAAUCAAUGACUUUAAUU